AUGAUGCUCCAACGAAGCAAUCUUCAACCUUUCGGUGUGCAUUUUGGACCGCUUGGCUUCUCCUGCACUAUAUAUAAGCCCAUCUCUUCCUCCUCUGAUCCUACUCUCACUCUUCACAUUCUCUGCUCUCUGCAACACCUCCUUCGCCAUUCCCUGCUCUUCUCCAUCCAGAGGCACCGAAAGGACACUUACCCAUCUCAUGAUUUUGCUUCUUCAGCAUAAAGUUUGCAGCUUUUGCUUCUGGGUUUGCAGAAGGUUCGAUUUUUUGGGGUUCUUGACUGGUUUUUAGGGAAAAAGAGGCCUUUUUUUUGGGUGUUUAGGAAUUACUACAAUUUUGGCGUUGCUUAAGAGUUUUUUAUUUUUUGCUCGUUCUCAUCUUUUCUUUGGGUCCAAAAUUUAAGGGGAAAGGGGGGUUGGUGGGAAAAUUUCUGCCAUAAGAAAAAUUCUCGACUUUUUAUUCAGAGAAAUGUUCCUGUUGUCCAACGGGUGCAUACCGUGGAAAUGCUGCUCAAUGCUCGACAACAAAUCAAUUGUUGAUAAAAACUUCUAUUUUUGGAUAUUCCAGAUCUUUAAUAGGUACAGUUUAGAUACUUAAGAAGAAAUUUUGAGCAUUGUCUUUUGACAUUCGUCGUUUUCUAUUGCCCUUAGAAUCCUUUCUCCUUUUUUUUUUUUUUUUUGAGUAUUAAGUUUUGGUAGAUUGUUGAGAGAAAAAAAUGGGAGGGGCAUCUCUGCCGCCAGGUUUCCGAUUCCAUCCUACUGAUGAGGAAUUGGUGGGAUAUUACCUGAAAAGAAAAACCGAGGGACUUGGAUUCGAGCUUGAAGUGAUUCCUGUAAUUGAUCUAUACAAAUUCGAUCCAUGGGAGCUUCCAGAGAAAUCAUUCCUCCCGAACCGAGACAUGGAAUGGUUCUUCUUUUGUCCACGGGACAGAAAGUACCCAAAUGGCUCGCGAUCAAAUAGAGCAACCAAAGCUGGCUACUGGAAAGCCACAGGAAAGGACCGUAAGGUCGUCUGCCAAUCUUCGGUGACUGGAUAUCGAAAGACAUUAGUCUUCUAUCGUGGACGGGCCCCCUUAGGUGAUCGGACAGAUUGGGUCAUGCAUGAGUAUCGGCUGUCUGAUGAGCUUCCCCAAGGAUCACUUGGUUCUCAGGGAGCUUUUGCGUUGUGCCGAGUAAUUAAGAAGAAUGAGCAAGGUUUAAAGACAAGCGAUUCGAAUGGAGAGCCGAAAGGCAAGAGGGUAGGAAGCUACUUGAGCCCAGUGGACAUCACCUCAAUCAACAUAUCAAGUGACAUCCCAAGCACCUCGAAUGACAUCUCAUCUCAAAACAGUGGACUUUAUGACGAAAGUCGUAAUUCAAGCCCUGCACCUCCACCUGAAAUCGUAGAAAUAGCAGAUUCUGAGCCGGCUUCAAUGGAGAACAAUCUCGCUAGCAUCUGGCAAUACCCUCAAGAACAAGGAUUGGAGUUUCAGUACUUCUCUCAGCAUGAGAUUCCAAGCUCUGUGGCUUCCUGGCAUUUGACCAAUAACAUAGAGACCUCGUCGUGUUUGGCAUACUCGGAUUUUAUUGGGGAAGUUGAACUUGCAGAGGAACCCGGCCAAAUUAGCUGCAUGUCACCUUACUCGGGGCAUGAGAACUAUGCCAGGUUUUGCCAAUACGAGGAGAUCUCAUAUGAAGCAUAUGGAAUUUGGGAACAAUCUCCAAUUUGCAGGCAAGCGAGUGGCGAUGGUGGCUCGGGAGACAUUGGGAAUCUAUGGAUGCAGGAUGACAACAUGACGAUCGUGAUGUAGUCAUUUCCUUUGCAGCAAUUAGUUAUGUUAUUAUUACUUUCUAGUAGUAUCCGAAGAGUGGUACCCAAGAAGACGCCUUUUAAUGUUGGUUCUUGGAGCGUGACAAAGGACGGGGGCCGUGCUUUGCAUAUGUGACGGGAGGUUUUACGGUUUGUAGGCAGCCUGGAGUCGGUUUGGUAUACCAAAAAUGGUUUAGGUGUCCUUUUUUAUUUUAAGAGUUAGUAUUGUAAUACACCCCCUGGUGGUAAUGACUUUUAUCAGUUACACCAGGAGAUGGUUUAGCUACAAGUAGGACUUCCAAUCUUGAUUACCUCGCUCUCGUGUAAGCUUAUCCCACAAAAGCUUCUCACUGUUGUGAUAUCGAAGCUCGUACUGUGCUUCGAGGCGAAGGUGCUUCAAGUGGGGGAAUCUUUUUGUGUAUGCUGUCUCUUUGGUACUGGAAUAAUAGGACAUUCGCGUGAGAA